AUGGGCGCUCGUGGUUCUAAAAAAGAGUAUAAGAUUGGAAAUUCGGAACAGCGUCAGGAUGCUGACAAUCAAUUUAUUGAAAAAGUUGUUUGUAAAGAUGAUGAAUUACAAGAUGGUUGCAUGGCAGAAUAUGAAAUGGGACAAGAAGGUAAAAUUCUUCUCAUCAAAGAAAAUGGAAUCUACUCUGCAUUGGGUACAAAAUGCACCCACUAUGGAGCCCCCCUAAAAAAUGGAGUUUUAAUGGAUGGUAAGAUAAGAUGUCAUUGGCAUGGAGCUUGCUUCAAUAGUAAAACAGGAGACAUUGAAGAUUUCCCGGGACUUGACAGUUUACCGUGUUACCAAGUGAGUGUUAGUAAUGGUGAAGUAAAAGUGAAAGCAUCUGUAGAAGCUUUAAAAAAUAACAAACGAGUAAAGCCUCUGAUAAAAUAUUCUCAUGCUAAUCCAGCAACUUUUGUAGUGAUUGGAGGUGGUGCUGCUGGUCAUGUUUGUGCAGAAACCUUGCGGCAAGAAGGAUUUUCUGGCAAGAUAAUCCUCGUCAGCAGAGAAAAUUCCCUUCCUUAUGAUAGACCCAAGCUCAGCAAAGUUCUUGAUGCAAAAGCCUCAGACCUGUACAUGCGAAAUGAAGAUUUUUAUAAAAAAACGGAUAUAUCAGUAAUGUUAAAUACCGAAGUUACAUCUGUAGACACUGUUGAAAAAUGGGUGGCUUGCAAUAAUGGUAAACUCAAGGUGAAAUAUGAUAAAUUGAUGAUCGCUACAGGUGGUGAGCCAGUCACUUUGACUGUCCCUGGAUCCGAUUUGAAAAAUAUAUUUUAUUUAAGAACGCCAAAUGAUGGCCAAAUGAUUGCUAAAGAAGCAGCAGGAAAAUCUGUCGUCAUACUAGGCUCUUCAUUUAUUGGUAUGGAAGUUGCAUCUUAUAUGCUUAAUAAAGCCAGUUCUAUCAAUGUUAUUGGUCGUAGUUCUGUUCCGUUUUCUGCUAUAUUUGGUAAAGAAAUUGGUCAAAGAAUAAAAGAUAUAUUCAUUGAGAAAGGUGUGAUAUUUCACAGUGGUGAUAACAUUUCAAAACUUAAUGGCACUGAUGGUGUGCUUGAGUCGGUGGAAUUAUCAUCCGGCACGAAAAUUCCUGCCGAUAUAUGCAUUGUUGGUAUUGGCGUCAGACCUGCUACUGAGUUUCUGAAGGAUUCUGGGAUUACUAUGAAUAAUAAAGGACAUAUACUGGUAAAUGAGAUGUUAGAAACUAACUUAAAAGGAGUAUAUGCUGGAGGUGAUAUAGUUGAAUUUCCUCUAACUUCCUAUGAAAACAAAAGGGUCAAUAUUUGUCACUGGCAAAUGGCAUUAGUUCAUGGACGAUAUGCGGCUUUGAAUAUGAUUGAUAAAAACGCAGUUCUUCAAACUGUUCCUUUCUUUUGGAGCACAAUGUUUGGGAAAAGCUUUCGUUAUGCUGGUUAUGGUGAAGGCUUUGAUGAGAUUAUUAUUAAGGGAGAUAUAGAGAGUCUUCAGUUUAUUGCUUAUUAUUGUAAGGAGUCGAAGGUUGUUGCAGUCUGCACAUGUAACAAGGAUCCAGAAGCUGCAAAAUUUGCAUCUUGUGUAAGCCUCGGUGAAACACUGUCAAAAAGCCAAAUUCAAUGAUGACUUCAUCAAUGUUGCAUCCAAAAGUAAUUUGUUAACUCCACCUUGGUAAGAUCUAGUGGUGGAUUUAUCCAGUCACACUUGUGAGGGCCACAGCCAUAAGUGCCUCAAAGGAGAUUUAAAAAUGCAU